ACAGUUGCGUGCGCAGAUUCUCCUGUGUCCACUGUUUCCCCCUCUGGAGCCAUCGUUCGUUCCGUAGCACUAGCGCUCUCAGCACGCUCCAAGAAUACUAGCCAAAGCAGACGUACAUUCGAUGGAAAUUGGCGUCCUGAGGGAUUACCAAAAGCACCAAGCACGCGUCGCAAGAGCCCAACUGCCGCAGUACAUUACGAGACGAUAAGCCCGGCGCCGAGCUCUAGUUAAUAUCGGUCAUGAAACAUGCUGUAAGUAUAUCGCCUAGGCCUUUCGGAGCCAAGGCACCAACAGGUGCUCUAUCGGAUGUAAGAUGGGUUUAUGAUGCGGAGCUCAAUAGAUAGAGUGAUUUGCUGUGAUUAAGCGCCUAACUUGAAAAAAAAUCCAGGUCCAAAACAAGUGCGACAAGACGCAUUGCCGUCUUUUGACACCCUACACACUGUUACCUUCCCCGACCUUCUUGUCUAACCUUACAGUGUCGCAAUGGAGGAAGGAUCUGAGCUCCAAGAGCGCAGACAAUCAAAUAAAGCCACUGAGCCUCGCGUGGAACUUCAAGUCGAUUCAAGUGGCCCGGGGAGUCUUCCACUCACGAACUUGAAUGUUCCUUCCAUGGAUGAUUUUGUGGUACGGAAACUCAAGCAACGACAUAUUGCUGGUACUUUCGGUACGGGACUAUUUCUAGGCACAGGGGGAGCCAUCCGCACAGCUGGGCCACUUGGUGCCUUGAUUGCAUUUGCCCUUGUUGGUUCUGUAGCGUAUUCGUCAUUAUGUUCACUCGGGGAGAUGACCUCCCUAGCCCCGAUAUCAGGAUCAUUUCCCCACUUCGCCUCCCGUUGGGUCGAUCCCGCAUUGGGAUUUGCAGUGAGUGACCUACUUAAGCUCACUGUCCCUGUGGAAAUAUCCGGAGCACAAAUACUGAUCUCUAUGUGGGAUUCAAAUCACGUUGCAGUUUAUACUGUAGUGAUCUGUAUCUCAAUAUGCGCCACCAAUAUAUUUGGUGUAAUUGUAAUGGUGCUGAUCACUGGUCUUAUCAUUGUUGGCCUCGUCAUUGACCUUGGGGGAGCACCGAAUCACCAGCGACUUGGUUUUCAAUACUGGAAAAAUCCGGGUGUCUUUGCUGGACCUGGACUUGAACCUCGGUAUCCUGCACUUGAUAAGUUCCUCGGAAUAUUGAGUGUCAUUACUCAAGCCGCAUUUGCUUACCAAGGAAUGGAGUUAGUGGCUAUUGCGGCAUCUGAAACGGAGAACCCACGGAGGAAUAUUGCCAGAGCUAUUCGCAGAGUUUUCUACCGAAUCCCCAUCUUCUACAUUCUGGGCGUUUUCAUUGCAGGGCUCAUUGUACCUUCAAAUAACAAGGACCUGUUGACGGGGUUUGGUUUCUCUGCUCAGUCGCCGUUUGUGAUUGCGAUGCAGAUUUCAGGAAUAAGAGUGUUACCCUCUGUGGUAAAUGCAGGCCUCAUAGCCAGCGCAUUCUCCGCGGGCAACUCGUUCCUUUUUUGCUCUUCGCGCACCCUCUAUGGUUUAGCACUUCGUGGGCAAGCACCCCGGUUCCUCACUAGAUGUACGAGAAAGGGCGUGCCUAUUGUGGCAGUGCUAUGUUCGAGUGCCUUCGCUUUUUUGUCUCUGAUGAAUAUAUCAUCAGGUGCAGAAACUGUGUUCAACUGGCUCCAGCAUCUCAGUGUCAUGGGUGGUUUUUUAGGCUGGCUUUCGAUUAAUAUAACUUACAUUUUUUUCUAUCGCGGACUGCAAUACCAAGGCAUCGACCGACGGAAACUCUUUUACUGGAAUCCCCUACAACCGUGGCUAUCCGUCUGGGGCCUGAUCUGGUGUGUACUAUUUAUUCUAAUAAAUGGGUACAACGUGUUUUGGGAUUUUAGUGCCUCUGGCUUCUUGACGUCAUAUCUGACUAUCCCGCUAUUCAUUGGAUUAUUUCUCUUCUGGAAGAUUACGCGAAGCACGGCGAUUUGGAACCCGGGUGAGAUGGACUUCACUACGUGUAUUCCCAGCAUUGAAGAAACCGAAGGUCCUCAGUACCCUCCGAAUGGUUUCUGGCAACACGUUGCUGCGGUGCUUUUUUGA